AUGUUGGAAGACGAGUCUGGUCGACUCCGCCUUGUUGGCUCCUUUCUUUCAGCGACACACUUGGUGACAGGCGCUAUCAUUGCAGCUCUAGGAACGGAAAACUCGAAUGGUGAUUUCGAAGUGAUCGACAUCAAGGUUCCGGACCUGCCCCCGCAGCCUCAACGAUGGGAGAGAGAUGGAGGAUCCCCACCAGACACACAAAAGGGCUCCGAGAGAGGUGGCAAGAUUGCCUUUGUUAGUGGACUGGGAAUUACAGGCUCGUCAAGUGAUACGCUUUCUUUGCAGCUGUUGACAGACUACCUUUUGGGCUAUGUGGGAUUCUCAGGCAGUGAUGAGAACAGCCCUUCUGCGAAUGCCUCCAAAAUCAGUCGACUCGUCAUUGCAGGAAACUCACUGGGUGCAAGCGUGACCGCCGAAGCAGCAACAGCAGGCUCUGAUAACGCUGCCAAGAAGAAGGCCGCGCCGAAGAAGUACGGAUAUGAUGCUUCUGCUUACAAUGCCUCGCCCAUUACACAACUCGACAACUUCCUCGCGGAAAUCCUACCCAGUAUUCCCAUCACUCUGAUGCCCGGCGAACAGGACCCGGCGAACUUCUCUCUACCUCAGCAGGCCAUCCAUCGCGCUAUGUUCCCUCAAUCCAGAGCCUACUGCGCACCUCCAGCAUCUGCGGAUUCUAAGCCAGAGCCAGGCUGGUUUGACAGUGUCACAAACCCAUGGGAAGGUGAUGUAGAAGGAUGGCGUAUUUGGGGCUCCAGUGGCCAGAAUGUCGACGAUGUACUGCGGUAUCUCGACUUUGCUGGCGAAGACGGCAAUCUUGAGACUGAUGACACCGAUGCACGAAUGCGCAUCAUGGAGGCCAUGCUCCGCUGGCGAUGCGGCGUUCCCACGGCUCCCGACACCCUUUGGUCCUAUCCUUUCCAAGAUAUCGACCCGUUCGUCCUCGAGACUUGUCCGCACAUUUUCUUCACCGGAAAUCAGCCAGCCUUCAAGACCACAGUAAUCGAAGAUAUCAUUCCUCUUAAUUUGGACGGCGGUGAUACCGAGAUGACCGACAGUGGCACUACUGCCCCAGCCCGGGUACGGAUCAUGUCCAUUCCUCGCUUCCAGGAAACUGGGGAGCUGGUCUUGCUUGAUACUGAGACUCUGGAAGUCGAGGUGGUUCGGUUCGGUGCAUUUUCGGGAAAGGAAGACAAAAAAUAA